CUGCCCGAGGCUGGGACGGCGGGCCGAGCGCGCGCGAUGCCGCACUUCACCGUGGUGCCGGUGGACGGGCCGCGGCGCGGGGACUAUGACAACCUCGAGGGGCUCAGCUGGGUGGACUACGGGGAGCGCGCCGAGCCGGGGGACUCGGACGGACAGGGGAACCACAGAGAGAACAGCCCUUUCCUUUCCCCCUUGGAGGCUUCCAGAGGCAGCGACUACUAUGACAGGAACCUGGCGCUUUUUGAGGAGGAACUGGACAUCCGCCCAAAGGUGUCGUCUCUUCUGGGCAAGCUCGUCAGCUACACCAACCUUACCCAGGGAGCCAAGGAGCAUGAGGAAGCCGAGAGCAGGGAAGGUGCCCGCCGGAGAGCAGCCAAGGCACCCAGCAUGGGCACCCUCAUGGGGGUGUACCUGCCCUGCCUACAGAACAUCUUUGGAGUCAUCCUUUUCCUGCGGCUGACCUGGAUGGUGGGCACAGCUGGCGUGCUGCAAGCCCUCCUCAUUGUGCUCAUCUGCUGCUGCUGUACCCUGCUGACAGCCAUCUCCAUGAGUGCCAUUGCCACCAACGGAGUAGUUCCAGCUGGAGGCUCCUAUUUCAUGAUCUCACGCUCACUGGGGCCAGAAUUUGGAGGUGCUGUGGGCCUCUGCUUCUACCUGGGGACAACAUUUGCAGCAGCCAUGUACAUCCUAGGGGCCAUCGAGAUCUUGCUGACCUACAUUGCCCCGCCAGCUGCCAUUUUUCAGCCGUCAGGCACUCAUGAUAUGUCAAGUGCCACCUUGAAUAAUAUGCGGGUAUAUGGGACCAUUUUUCUGACUUUCAUGACACUGGUGGUGUUUGUUGGUGUCAAAUAUGUGAACAAAUUUGCCUCACUUUUCCUGGCCUGUGUGAUCAUCUCCAUCCUUUCCAUCUAUGCUGGAGGCAUCAAGUCUAUUUUUGACCCUCCUGUGUUUCCGGUAUGCAUGCUGGGCAACAGGACCCUCUCUCGGGACCAGUUUGACAUCUGCGCCAAGACAGUUGUGACAGACAAUGAGACAGUGACCACUCAGUUGUGGAGUUUCUUCUGUCACAGCCCCAACCUAACUGCUGACUCCUGUGACCCCUACUUCCUGCUCAACAAUGUGACUGAGAUCCCUGGCAUACCUGGGGCAGCAGCUGGUGUUCUCCAGGAAAACCUGUGGAGUGCCUACCUGGAGAAGGGUGAGAUUGUGGAAAAGCGCGGACUGCCCUCCACCGACACUGUUGGACUGAAGGAGAGCCUGUCCCUGUAUGUGGUGGCUGACAUUGCCACAUCCUUCACCGUGCUGGUUGGCAUCUUCUUCCCCUCGGUAACAGGCAUUAUGGCUGGCUCAAACCGCUCUGGGGACCUCCGUGACGCCCAGAAGUCUAUCCCGGUGGGGACCAUCCUGGCCAUCAUCACCACUUCCCUUGUGUACUUCAGCAGUGUGAUUCUCUUUGGCGCCUGCAUCGAGGGCGUGGUGCUCCGGGACAAGUACGGUGAUGGUGUCAGCAGGAAUCUGGUGGUGGGCACCUUGGCCUGGCCUUCACCCUGGGUCAUCGUCGUUGGCUCCUUCUUCUCAACAUGUGGUGCUGGCCUGCAGAGCCUCACUGGGGCACCACGCCUGUUGCAGGCCAUUGCCAAAGAUAACAUCAUCCCCUUCCUCCGGGUGUUUGGUCACGGGAAAGCAAAUGGGGAACCAACGUGGGCACUCCUCUUGACAGCACUCAUCGCUGAGCUGGGCAUCCUCAUCGCCUCCCUCGACAUGGUGGCCCCCAUUCUGUCCAUGUUCUUUCUGAUGUGUUACCUGUUCGUGAACCUGGCCUGUGCUGUGCAGACACUCCUAAGGACUCCCAACUGGCGACCUCGGUUUAAAUACUAUCACUGGGCACUGUCUUUCCUAGGGAUGAGCCUCUGCCUGGCCCUUAUGUUUGUCUCCUCCUGGUAUUACGCUCUGGUUGCCAUGCUCAUCGCGGGCAUGAUCUACAAGUACAUCGAGUACCAGGGGGCUGAGAAGGAGUGGGGUGAUGGGAUCCGAGGCCUGUCCCUGAGUGCUGCUCGCUAUGCACUGUUGAGGCUGGAGGAGGGGCCUCCUCACACCAAGAACUGGCGGCCUCAGCUCCUGGUGCUGCUGAAGCUGGACGAGGACCUUCACGUGAAGUACCCUCGCCUCCUCACCUUUGCCUCCCAGCUGAAGGCUGGCAAGGGCCUGACGAUCGUUGGCUCCGUCAUCCAGGGCAGCUUCUUGGAAAGCUAUGGCGAGGCCCAGGCUGCCGAGCAGACAAUCAAGAACAUGAUGGAAAUUGAGAAAGUAAAAGGCUUCUGCCAGGUAGUGGUGGCCAGCAAGGUGCGUGAGGGGCUGGCCCACCUCAUCCAGUCUUGCGGCUUGGGCGGCAUGAGACAUAACUCCGUGGUGCUGGGCUGGCCGUACGGCUGGCGACAGAGCGAGGACCCACGUGCCUGGAAGACCUUUAUUGACACCGUGCGUUGCACCACAGCUGCCCACCUGGCCCUGCUCGUGCCCAAGAACAUAGCUUUCUAUCCCAGCAACCAUGAGCGUUACCUGGAGGGCCACAUCGAUGUGUGGUGGAUUGUGCACGACGGAGGCAUGCUUAUGCUUUUGCCCUUCCUGCUGCGCCAGCACAAGGUUUGGAGGAAGUGCCGGAUGCGUAUCUUCACAGUGGCACAGAUGGAUGACAACAGUAUCCAGAUGAAGAAAGACCUGGCCAUUUUCCUGUACCACCUUCGCCUUGAGGCAGAAGUGGAGGUGGUAGAGAUGCAUAACAGUGACAUCUCUGCCUAUACCUACGAGCGCACCCUGAUGAUGGAGCAGCGGUCUCAGAUGCUGCGGCAGAUGAGGCUAACCAAAACGGAACGCGAGCGGGAGGCUCAGCUGGUCAAGGACAGGCACUCAGCCCUGCGGCUAGAAAGCCUUUACUCUGAUGAGGAAGAGGAGUCUGCAGCAGGGACUGACAAGAUCCAGAUGACAUGGACCCGCGACAAAUACAUGACUGAGCCCUGGGACCCCAGUCAUGCCCCUGACAACUUCCGGGAACUGGUGCACAUUAAGCCGGACCAGUCCAACGUGAGGCGCAUGCAUACUGCUGUGAAACUCAAUGAAGUCAUUGUCACACGCUCCCAUGAUGCUCGUCUGGUCUUACUGAACAUGCCGGGCCCACCAAAGAACAGUGAGGGCGAUGAGAACUACAUGGAAUUUCUUGAGGUGCUCACUGAGGGCCUGGAGCGAGUGCUGUUGGUGCGUGGCGGUGGCCGGGAAGUCAUCACUAUCUACUCUUGAGCCCAGUGUAGUCUUGUGGCCUGAAGUGGGGGUAUCCAGAGCAGCAGUCCCCACCCCAUACUUAUUUGCCAGUUCUCUUUUGUCCAGCCUGGCCUUGGACCAGCUUUGCUAGGUCUCCUGGGGAACAAAGCCUGGGCCUGGCAAUGGAGAUGGAUCCGAGGUCUUCUGUAGGACCCUGGGAGGUUUGGGGAGUUUCCCCUUCAAUACCCCAGUAAGUCUGCCCUGGCUAGAGAAGACUGAUAGGGGCUGAUGUGGGGUUUGAAGGCCUAGCCUGGCCCAGAAACACUAUUUAUUGUAUAUUUAUUGUUUGGAUGUCACCAGCAGAGAAAAGGGGAAAGGCAGCAAGGGAGGGAGUUGAGCCUGGCCUGCCCGCUGGAAACCCUGGCUCAGGAUCCUGUGGGCAGGGACCCCCCAUCAAGCCAAGCGGAAUAGAGCUGGCCAAGCUGAGCCUGACUUUUUUCAAUAAAACAUUGUGUACUUCUGG